AUGGAAGACUCCUCGGGUUCUGGCUCUCCGCUAGCUCAAGGCCCAAAUUCUUCUGGGCGUUCUCAUACUACACGCUCUAGGUCCCGUUCCAUAGUGUCCAAUUCCGGUGUCACGGGCCACACAAAUGUCCAUGCCAGACUGCCUUCAAACAUUCCACAGUACAACCAGGACACUCAUCCCCUGACCGAUCCUUCUCUCCUAGCAUUGACCCAGCAGCAGAUUCAAGAGAAUCAACCCCCCAUUGACACUGCACUAUUGGGAUCACCAUCUAUGCUUUCUCCCAGCACAUCAUUCCCCAUCGACCCAGCUCUUGGUGGUGUACCGGAACCUUCUCCUUCCCCUGCCGUUGGCUCAACUUCCACACCCGUUCCCGAAAUGCUCAGCCUCAACCAGGAAGUGCAACCAAAGGAGGAGGAUACUCGCGAGUUUGAGACUGUAAUGGGCGAAGAGGAGAAUCCUGGUCCCUCAUCAGGCCGGAAUUCAAAGAGAACAUCUGCAGUUGUUGAGGAUAACGAUGCAGAACUUCGUCGACUAGCGGAAGAGACUCGAAUGGUACCUUUAGACGAGCUUGCUCGGAGGGUCCGGAAUGAUGAGAAUUCUCCUUCAGCGGAAAAGACAAGACAGGUUUAUGGAUUAGGAUGGCUGCAAAAGAAUUGCGAGAGAGUCCCAGACGCCUCUGUCGCUGUACCGCGCAACCGUGUAUAUGCCCGUUAUGUGGGAAUCUGUGCAAAUGAACGCAUAAAGCCUUUAAACCCUGCAUCGUUUGGGAAACUUGUUCGGCUCAUGUUUCCAGAAAUUAAGACUCGCAGACUUGGUGUUCGCGGACAAUCCAAGUACCACUAUUGUGGUAUUCGCCUCGCUGGCGAGCAGUCAUCCCCUAAAGUCUCGCAAGGUUCAGGUUCCGCAUCAGGAUCGGAACCACCCGCGCAAGCGGCUGGGGAUGAUCAUCUGCAAGUCUUCAACCCUUCAGCUCCUUUUUUGGCUGAGUUACUGACCGUUGACAGAAUGAGUAAUGGCUCGGCUCAGCCCUUCAGUAACUCUUUUCAAACUUCAAUAGAAAACAACAUCGAAAAUUCGUCAUUCUACAAAACUUCGAGCGUCUCCACUGAAUAUCCCAUAUCUUCAUUCCUCCAUCAAGAAUUAUUCUUUUCCCGUAACGAAUCUGACCAUCUUUCGACCCCAAAUGAAAUCCUCAAACUACCAAACAUCGAUCUUUAUGCCCCCCUAGGCACAGACCCAGAUAUCGCAGCCACUUUAACUGCUAUAUACAGAUCCCAUUGCACUUCCCUCGUAGAAUGCGUACGCUAUAUGCGAUUAAAACAAUUCCAUCAGCUGUUUAUAUCUUUUCAUGGCACCCUCACAGCUCCUGUCCAAAAACUUUUGGGUGAACCCUCAUUGGCUCUUUGGAUUCGAGAGUCUGACUGGGUCAUGUACAAGGAAAUGAUACGUAUUUUUUCAAGUCUCUUAGAUCGCUUAUUGCGAGUAAACGAUGCUGCGCAUGCAGCGGCUAGAUUUCUCGGUAACCCCCCGGACCGAGGGCAAAUGAUAAAAGACUGGAAAGAAUUCGUGAACGCCCAAACAAUUGUGGAUAGAGAACUUCCGUGUGGUGCAAUGUCUGUCGUGGAAAUUUUACAUAACGAGGUUAUCAGCUUAUUACAGCCACCCUCUGCGCCUGAUGGAGGUAACAUGUCACCAGCACCAGGAGCGGAAGACGGAUCGCCUACAACGGAGAGUGUUCUAGAUCGGUGGACACAAUUUUUAACAUUCCUCCCCCACCGCUUUUCUGGGACUGAACCCAGACUUUUCAACCUUUGCCUGGGGGCGGUCGCUUCUGCAGCGCUCAGAGACCUAACAACGAACGGAGCAGUCUCAUUUGGAAGCUGGUGGGUUGUGAGAUGUUGGAUAGAUGAAUGGAUGGGAUGGCUCGCAGAGCGAGGGGGGUUUCUGCGGCAUACUGCCGAGGCGACUGUGCAUAUAAACCGGGUUAACGAGGACCGAGGCUCGAUUGAUGUGGAUUUAAUAGACGGGGGCGAUGAAAUGGGUCAUGAUGAUAGCGGGAUAUCUUUGCGUGGGGAGGAGCCACUCAAUAUGCUGGAUGAUGUAGGAGACGAUCGAGACAACAGGAUGGUGCCUGUGAAGUUUGGAAAGUAA